AUGCAGCAAGCGCAGAAGAUAAAGAGGAUAAAGAAGAGGAGGAUAAAGAGAAGGAUAAAGAAGUCGAUAUUUAGCACUAAGGCAAGAAGGGCACAGUUGCGGAGGUUCCUGUGCGCGAUACAGACCAAGCUAAAGAAAGGAACCCGCGCGGCAGCUAACAGAAAGGAGGCUAUUAAGGAGGAAUAUCGACGGUGGAAGAUAAUAAAAUUAGUGGAUAUAGAGCAGCAGUUGAAAGCGUUAGUAGGCGAAAAGGCCGAAUUUUGGGGCGUGCAGAGACCAGUAUUAAAGGCUAUUAUACACUAUAAGAGCCCGGUAGUUGCUAUUAUAGGCACAGGUGGAGGUAAGAGCGUGUUGUUUAUAUUGCCAGCAUCGUGUUCAACAGGCGUAACAGUAGUAGUUGUGCUAUUAGUGUCGUUGCAGGAGGAUAUAAAAAGCCGUUGCAAUAAAGCCGGUAUUAGUUGCGCGCAGGUCGUGUUGGUCACGCCGGAGUCGGCGGUUGGGGAGGCAUUUAGCAAUUUUAUCAACCGACAGCGGUUGAUGGGACAGUUAGACCGGAUUGUAAUUAACAAAUACCACGUAAUUUUGGAUUUAGUAGGCGGGUGGAGGAGCAGGAUAUUGGCGUUAAGGAAUUUGGUUAUAAUAGAAACGCAGUUAGAAGAAGACGCAGUUGUUGAGUUGGUAGAGAGUUUAAAGCAGAAGCACGCGGGGGGGCAGGUAAUUAUAUAUUGCGACACGGUAAAGAAGACAAUUCGAUUAGCAGAAGUUUUAGAGUGCGUUUGUUUCCACCGAAACGUGGGAAGCAGCAAGGAGAAGAGCGAGUUGGUGAAGCAGUUAACUAAAGGGCAACAGCAGGUGUUUACGGCCACGAACGCAUUGGGGUUGGAUAAAAGGGGCGUUGUUCACGAGCAGGAUUUUGGGGAGGAUGUUGAGGAGGAAAUAUAG